CACACUCACAUAAUACACACGUCAGUUUUUCUCUGAAUUUAAACUUUAAAUCUUCUGCUUGAAAUACAUAUUUUUUCAUAUUUAGCUGUUAAUACUUAGCUGCACAUAUGUAUGGUUUAGUUGUUUAUUACAGUUUUUUACAAUCACUUUUGUUACUAUUUUCAGAACCUUGAUGCCAUUUUUCACAACUCUAGACACAAAACUCACAACCAAUGAUCAAAAUGUUUUUUCAAAACUCUAACCCUUUUCUCAACUGCUUGGAUACAAUACACAUAAAACUUAGAUCAUUUGUUCAUUCAACAAAAACCUGUUCAAUAUGACACAACUUAACAUCAAAGUGCUAUUAUUUCAAAAGGCAGUUCACACAUUACAUUUCAAAUGAGUGUCUAUUCAUUCCCUUACAAUGAUCUAACUAUCAAUUGAUACAACUGCUCAAAAUGAAAAGUAACUGUUGCAUUACUCUUAAUGCAUAGUUGUAUGGAAACAGACAAACAAUCUUCCAUGUUUACUGUAAAUCAUGAAAGUUUCAAGAUAACGAGAUUCAUUGUCACCAAUUAGCGUCAAGCAUGAACCAAUUAGACUACAAUAUCCAUGGAUGUAGCCUAAUAUUUUAUCAUAAUGCUUCAUCGGACACUGUGUCUAUGGCCCCAAAUACUGUACCACCUUUUCAGACUAUUAACAGUAUUGACAGUACUGCACUGUAUAGAUGCAGGCCCUUGUAAUUGCUUGUCCAAUUCUGCCAACUCGUUACUGAUGAUUGAGUGCACAUUGUAGAAUGAGUAUAUAGUGAAGAGUUGAUUGGGAUCCAAUUGCAAGAUCAUAGUGAUACGUAACAUGGAGCCAGCAGGUGAUCCAGGUCACAAUGGAGGUCAAGCAGUGGUGGGAGGAAGACGUGUUGGUCAAAGGAAUGGCAGGGGACAGGCCCCACUUCUGAGAGGUGGUUGUGGGCCUCGUUUGAGAGGUGUGGGGGAACGUGGCAGAAGACAAGGCCACGGACCAAGACAGCGGCAGCAACAGCAUAGAGUAUCCAAUGAAAUUCGGGCAAUAGUUGUAGACCAUGUCAUAAAUCAUGGCAUGACAAUGACUGAGGCGGCUACAAUGAUACAACCAAACCUCAGAAGGUCAACCGUGGCCUCAAUAAUCAGAACUUCCCGCAAUGAGAACCGAAUUGUGACCAGGCCAAAUAGUGGAGGCAGAGGCUUAAUUCUAACUGACCAACAAGAGCAGGCUGUGGUCGAUUUGGUUCGGGCCAGAAAUGAUAUUCGCCUUACAGAAAUUCGCCAGUAUAUCUUGGACAAUGAAGACAUGUUCAGCAAUGUGGGAUCCAUAAGUUUGCCGACUAUUGCACACAUACUGAAAAGGCACCAGGUAUCUAUAAAACAACUAUACCGUGUGCCUUUCGAAAGAAAUGCAGACAGAGUGAAGCAAAUGAGGACUGAGUAUGUUCAGAGGGUGAUGGAGCUGGAUGCUGAUGAUGACCAUCACAAAUUGAUAUAUUUGGAUGAGGCAGGUUUUAAUCUGGCCAAGACAAGGAGGAGAGGUCGGAAUUUCAUCGGCCAGCGGGCAACCAUCCAAGUACCUGGACAACGUGGGGCCAACAUUACCAUGUGUGCGGCUAUAUCAGAAGAUGGUGUGGUGGGACGCAGACCUCAAAUUGGACCAUAUAAUGCAGCUCUCCUUGUCACCUCUCUUGAGGAGCUCGAUCAGGUUUGUAGAGCUGAAGGUGUGACCUAUGUCACUGUGUGGGACAAUGUCAGGUUCCAUCGUGCUCAUGUGGUGCAAGCAUGGUUUCAGGCCCAUGCACAAUUUACCACCCUGUAUUUACCCCAUACUCUCCCUUCCUUAACCCGAUUGAGGAAUUUUUCUCCGCAUGGAGAUGGAAGGUUCAUGAUAGGCAGGUUUUAGAAGGUUUGGCUAAUCCAAGAUGUUUGGCUAAUGAAAACAUCCAUUGUGAUGUAGAUGAGAACCUGUGGCCAAAUCCACAACACAGAGUUGAUGACAAUAUAGAAGUUCAGUAAUCACUCCUGUUUUGUUUCUUACAGUACAAGCAAACAAGUUAAGAAACACUGCAUUUGAUGUUUUACAGUACUGUCUUUUCUUUUCUAUUUCAUAGCUAAUUAUUUUUGCUUUGAUUCAAAUAAACCUAUGGUGUGAUUGUACUGUAGUGUUUUGCAUCAGUAUAUUACAAACUUUGUUCAAUGGUUCCACUGUGUCUGUAGUAUUCUCUCUACUACUGCAGUACUUUUACAGAGAUGUAUUUACUGUACAUGUAGUACCAUAAUGAAACCUGUAUCACCUAUUUUGUUCUACAAUAUUUAAUGAUUGUACGAACAAUGACACAGUGAAACUAUCGGUUGCUUGUGUGUGGGUGAUCUAUAGUUAUGUUUCAAUGGCAUUUCACAGUAAAUUUGUGUUUUGAACCAAUGAUUGUGCAAGAUUUCUUUAAAGAUGUGAAUGCACAAUGCAAUGUUUUGAACAUUAGACAGCCUGUGUUACAAGUGAUAACCGUUUUGAAAAAUGACAUCAAGGUAUCCAACCCAUCUGAAUUCUGCACAGAAUAUUUGUAAUUUAAAGUGCUAUGAAGACAACAGCCAUCACAAAUGCACCUAACGCUGUGUCUAUGUACAGCAGGCCUGUCAGUAUUGAACAUUAGUGCCAUCUGCUGGAAGGAAGUUGAUCAGCUGCAAUUGUGAGGAAAAAUACCUGGACACAUUUGUGAGAAAAUCAAACUGAGAGACCUCAAAAAAAUAAACAACAAAACAUUUUUUAUUUUUUUUUUUAUUUAAAUAAAGGGCAUUUGUCUCACAGAAGUAACAGGCCAUAAUGCACUGCAUUGUAAUUAUUGCAAUCACAAGCUGUAACAAUGCAUCCAAGGGUUUUGUUUAACUGAACACAUGACUUUAACUGACAACCUGAUUUGUAAGAUCUUACAGCGGUGUAUUAUUGCCAUUAGGACAUUGAUGAGUUUCCCUGAUGAGUUUGGAGACUCUCAGGAUUUUUCAAGUGGACAGGAACUUCUGGCUUUAUGACUGUAACAUUAAAAGCAAAUUCUUUCUGUGAAGCUGCUUUGACACCAUAUGUAUUGUGGAAAAUAUUAUGCAAUUAAACCUGAAAUGAAAAAUCA